AUGGCGGACGACGCUGCUGAGACCAGUCAAUGGAAGGGAAGCGAGGUCACAGAUUUAAUUAAUAUUUGGGGUGACAGCUCUAUUCAGGCCAAACUCGAGGGCUCUUAUCGGAACCGGGCGGUUUACGAAAACAUUUCCAGCGAAAUGGCCGAGCGUGGUUACAGACGAUCCUGGCUCCAAUGCCAGCGAAAAAUAAAAAGCCUCGGAGCCAAAUACAAGGAGGUUAAAGACUGGAACAAACGAAGUGGCCGUCAACGUAUCACCUGUCCAUUUUACGAAGAGCUGGACCGCAUUUUGGGGGAUAAGCCCAGCGUUCAGCCACUAGAACUGUUGGACAGCUGCUUUGCCCAAGAGGAGCCCGAGAGGCCCGCAGCUGUCGCGGCCAGCCUAGCUAGUCGCUCUUGCAGUGAUACAGGUGAUGGGACCCUUGUAGCUCUUUCGCCUUCUGCCUCUACCUCCGAUGAAAGUUCUGCAGCAAGUGAAGAUACAUCUGUGAACAGCCAUGCAUCUUCCACACCCACUGCUUCUACUACUGCCAAGAGCAGAAAAAGAAAAUCAAAGAUGGAGGCAACGCUGGAGGUGUUUGCUGACAAGAUUACCAGUGCCCUUAAAGAUGACGACACAGAUCUUUUGUUGAAGAUGCAAGCAGCUCAGCAUGAGCAUGAUCGUAAAAUGUUCGCCAUGAUAUCUCAGUUUAUGGAGAGAUCAAUCCAGCCUCCACAGCCACCUUUCUACCAAGCACCAAUUCAGCCCUCUCAGAUUUACAACUCAAUUCGUCCUCCUACUCAUCAUUCCACACGGUUUCCUGUGGCUUCCUCUCCAUCUCCCACCCAGCCCCUGCCCUUUUUUCAAGAUUUAAAUCAACCACUGCCCUUCAAUAAUACUCAUCCACAUCCUCAUCUCACUCGGUCAUUUUUCCAGGCACCGGCAAAUACUCAGGGUAAACAGGCUUUCGACAACGAGGAUCAUCAGCCACCUCUCCAGUCUAAAGAUGAUGAAACCCACUUUACAAUUUUAUGAAUGGUUCUAAAACAUUAAUGCCAGUUAAAGAUGCAGUUUUGCACAAUGUUCAGGUUGAAGUGUGAAGGUUAUUGAUAUGCAAGGUUAUUUUGAUUUGUUGAUGGAAAGUUGAAUAUGUUGCAUUGUAUUUGUUUGCACUAUUACAGCCACACUGUUUUCUCUUAAUAAAAAGGAAACCGCAAUAGCAGUAUUGAAAAUGUUAUUUAAAAACUUAUUGCAGCUAUAGUAACAAUUCAGCAAAGGAGCACAAAACUAAACAAAUAACUAAUUUGUGGUUAGGCCUGUCAAGAUAACAGGUACAUAUUACAGUAAAAUGCAAAAAGAAAUGUUAUUUUUUUUUUCUUUUAAACCUAUGUGAUUGUCCUGUGAAAUCAUUUUCCUGAACUGUGAUUUGUUGGAUAAUUUGACUUAAAUGUUUAAAUAAAGUCAUACAUUUCCUGAGGUUA